CAGAGGCUCUACUUGGUCUCAGCCAAAAGGCAAGCUGGUGAGUGGUGAGCUCUCCCCACAGCACAGUUCCAGCGAAGCAGACGAUGAUGAUCUCUGCCUCUCUCCUACCACCAUGUGAUGAAGUCUGAUGACUGAAGAAUUGUUUGUUUUGGAAUGAAAUAGAAAAUCAGAGAGAGAGAGAAAAAAAAAGCAACAAAAAUACCUUCCUAAUUCCGAAACCAAAAAAGCAAACUCUAUCUGUCUGUGUUUGUCUGCCCUCUCUCGUACUCUCUCCCUCCAUUAACUACUAGACACUCUCUCUCUCCUUCUCUCUCUUGCCCUCUCUCUUCUUUUGGAGAGAGAAAAAGGAGAAAGCUUUUCAUUCAGCGGAGCAAGAAACGACUGUCUAUCAGCUACCCAUUUCUUUCGAUACAUCUGAUUUGUAGCAGCAAUGUCGAGCCCACCUCCGGGGACAACUCCGGCGCCUUCUUCGCCGCCGGCGACGAACACAACCACACCACCAGCAGCUCCGGCACCGUCUUCGCCUCCGGCGACCAACACCACCUCACCACCCCCGCCAUCUCCGACCGCACCGCCUCCAUCGACUCCGAAUGCGCCACCACCAUCGACCCCGAGUGCACCACCACCAGCCACUCCCUCAUCACCUCCACCACCAUCACCAACCACACCCACACCGCCGUCGACCACUCCUCCGACCUCUUCGGCCUCUCCGCCGCCGCCUUCGGGUUCAACAUCCCGCUCUCCUCCUCCGCCGACUAGUUCGGGCACUACGCCUUCGACCCGGAGUCCUCCGCCUCCAAAAUCGGUUUCUCCGCCUUCUCCGCCAUCGUCAUCGAACUUAGAUUCGGGGGUUAUAAUCGGGAUUGCCAUUGGGGCUGUGGCGAUCUUUGCGGUGCUGACUAUCUUCUGCAUUUUUUGCACUAAGAAGAAGAGGAGGAGAAGGGAUGACGAAAACUAUUAUAUACCUCCCCCGCCGCCUCCCGGGCCUAAAGAUGACCCAUACGGUGGUCCACCACAUCGGUGGCAACAAAAUCUUCCGCCUGCAGAGCAUGUAGUCACAAUGAUGCCAAAGCCAUCUCCUCCACCAGCUCCAGCAUCACGUCCGCCAUACUCACCACAGAGUGUUCCCCCACCACCACCACCACCUUUCACAAGCAGCAGUGGAGGUUCUGGUUCCAAUUAUUCAGGGGGUGAAACUCCAGUCCCACCACCUCCACCAGGCUAUACCUUGGGUUUCUCUAAAAGCACAUUUACAUAUGAGGAACUCGCAUUAGCAACAGAAGGCUUCUCGGAUUCCAAUCUCCUUGGACAAGGUGGAUUUGGAUAUGUACACAAAGGAGUCCUGCCGAAUGGGAAGGAAGUGGCAGUCAAGCAGCUAAAAGCUGGAAGUGGGCAAGGGGAACGUGAAUUCCAGGCAGAAGUUGAAAUUAUUAGCCGUGUACAUCACAGACAUCUUGUUUCACUGGUUGGGUAUUGCAUGACUGGAUCGGAGAGACUACUUGUUUAUGAAUUUGUUCCAAAUAAUACUAUGGAGUUCCACUUACAUGGAAAAGGACGACCUACCAUGGAUUGGCCCACCAGACUGAAAAUUGCUUUGGGAUCUGCAAAAGGACUAGCAUAUCUUCACGAGGAUUGUCAUCCUAAAAUCAUUCAUCGUGAUAUCAAAGCAGCUAAUAUACUUUUGGAUUUCAAGUUUGAGGCGAAGGUUGCGGAUUUUGGACUUGCCAAGCUGUCUUCGGAUGUUAAUACUCACGUUUCCACCCGAGUGAUGGGAACUUUUGGGUAUCUGGCUCCAGAAUAUGCUUCAAGUGGAAAACUCACAGACAAGUCAGAUGUUUUCUCCUUUGGGGUUAUGCUUUUGGAGUUGAUUACUGGACGCCGGCCUGUUGAUGCAUCUCAAACUUUCAUGGAGGAUAGUUUAGUAGACUGGGCAAGGCCUGUGUUAACUCGAGCACUGGAAGAAAGAAACUUUGAUGGACUGGUUGAUCCUAAGCUGCAGAAUGGUUAUGACCCCAAUGAGAUGGCUCGCAUGGUUGCUUGUGCUGCAGCUUGUGUACGUCAUUCUGCACGGCGUCGGCCUCGAAUGAGUCAGGUUGUCCGUGCUUUAGAGGGAGAUGUGUCUUUGUCUGAUCUCAAUGAAGGAAUCAGGCCCGGGCAGAGCAAUGUCUAUAGUUCAUAUGGGAGCUCAGACUAUGACACAAGCCAAUACAAAGAGGACAUGAAAAAAUUCAGGAAGAUGGCACUGGGAAGCCAGGAGUAUGGUGGUAGCAGCGAGUAUAGUGCACCCACCAGUGAGUAUGGCUUGUACCCGUCUGGCUCAAGCAGCGGUGAAGGCCAAAGCCGCCUAACCACCCGAGAAAUGGAGAUGGGAAGGAUUAAGAAGAACAGUAAAGGUUUUAGUGGAACCUCUUGACACAGCCAAUGCACCAAUUUUCCUGUAAAAAGCUACCCCCCCAAUUUUCUUACAUUGAUUUCAAGAACAACGUGUUUAUCACCAAUUAUAUCUAUUUUUUUUUUCAUCCAUUUGAACUAUCGGUUUUACAGUGUACUUAGGAGCGCUUAUACACCACUAAACAAAUAAUCUUAUCCAA